GACGGGUGUAAGACGUGUGGCUGUGGGAGCAGUUUUUUGUGCAUCUUCGUCUCAGACCUGCAGUGCCACUGCAGUUGUUGCACUCUGGCCGUGAGAGAUCGGUAGUGCCGUUCAGGUACUGACUGUCGUCCUCUGACGCUCUGUGGCAUCAAGCAGCCCCAGGCCUGCAUGACCUAGUGUGCAUGCUGUGUGUUCCCCGACGAGGACAAACUAUUUUUCCCUAUCUCGACGCGAAGUCUUUGGCGAUUUGGCAGCACUUGGUUGGAAUUCUGCGAAUGCCCAGCUGCGUGUGUGCACUGUAGUCUGUAGCUUCGUCGCCAUGUGGCCGAGAAAGAAAUCUACUCCACAGACGGUAACCGGGACGGACAAGGAAUGGUCGCAAACUGGCACGCUGGUACACAAACCUCCUCGUGGUUGGCUGCACGCUGAUACUGCCAUUAUCGACGGCGGAGGUGUUCUCUAUUGUGUGCAGUAUGUGGGGCUCAUGAAGAUCUUCAAGUCGAUGCGUUCUCUCAAGUUUGAGGACAGAACACAAGUAACACGCGAGGCAAUGAUGCGGUGUGUGGAGGAGUCUGGUGUUCGAUCAAUAAAGAAGAGAAAAGUUCCCAAGCACAUCUCGAAGAUGCUGGGUGACAAGCCAAUAGUGAGCAGAGCUGGCACCAACGUCAACCUGAGAAUAUCCAUCGAUGGCUUGAAGUUGACAGCAGUGGAUAGUGGUGAGCUUAUCGCUGAUCAUGGCAUGCCAUCAAUAUCCUUUGCUACUGGCGGUGAAGGGGAGGGCAUUGAUUUCAUCGGCUAUGUGGCAAAGGACCAAGUCAAUGACAGAGCGUGUCAUUGCUUCGACUGUGGCGAUCUUGCUUACGACAUUAUCACCACUGUCGGGCAAGCGUUCGAACUUCGUUACAAGACCUACUUGACGACCAAGGCCGUGCCUCUUGAGAUACCAGGGUUUGGUGAGGGUCGUGGUAGCGGAAUGGGAUUUGAUGACGAAUCAUCCACGGCCACCGCGCAGUCAAACAUUCCACCGCCACCGAGGAGAGGUGCUUUGCCCAGUGUACCCACUGCAACGCCCUCGGAAAAGCUGCAGGACUCGAAUGGCAUGUACGAUACGCUGAAAGAAAAGUCAAAGAAAAGGCGUGCUGAUAACUAUUAUGACUUGGAGGGACCAGCGGCGGCAGGAGGUGCAGCGGCAGCAGCGGCAGCAGCUGCUGCUGCACCUGCAACGGUUGCUAUGGCCACACAUGAAGCCGUCCCGUUGAAGAAACUGGAAGAGGACCCUGGCUACUCCAGUGUAAAGGAGAAUGGACCCGGUGGUCGACGGACAGGCGCAGCUGGCUCCGAGCGACAUUCGUCCUACGACAAUCCCAACAUCUUCCAUGAGCAGGACAAUGAAACCGUCACGUAUGACAACCCGGAAAGCCGAGAGAGGAAAGGUAACGGUGGAGCCGGUGUCAACUUGGCCCAUGGCGGUGCCGCAAGACAGCCGUCGAAUAACCCGUCGUUCGACGACUCCAUAUAUGACAACAGCACGGGCGACGAGAUGGCAGCGGCGCCAGCCCAGAACGGCCAUCACCACCGUGCGUAUCCACCAGCUUCUCAGCAACAACACCAGCAGCACCACCAGCAACAGCAGUAUCCGGGCAAUGCAGCAGCUCACAACAAGCCAGCAGUGGCAGCAUUGCACAACAAGAUGCCUCCAGCAGUCCACAGUGCCAGCCAUCCAAACCAUCCUUCCAUGCCACUGCCACCCAUCCCCGGUUCUGGUCCUGCUGCUGCUGCUGUCGCUGGAUCUAAUGGUGGCCAUGGCUCCUCACAUGGCGGUCACCCGUACCCGCCACAGCAGAACAAUGGCCAUAUCGGUGGACCUCCAGUGCCAGCCCAGGACAUAAACCAUGACCUGAUGGCCCACGACUGGUUCCACGGCAUCUUGUCCCGAGAAGAGGCCGAGAACAUUCUCGAGGAGGACGGCGAAUUCCUGGUGCGAGAGAGCUCAACGCAGCCUGGGCAGUAUGUUCUGAGCGGCAUGGAGAACGCUCGGGUCAAGCACCUGCUGCUGGUAGAUCCGGAGGGCGUGGUGCGCACGCGCGACCGAGUGUUUGCCAGUGUGCCCGAGUUGAUCCACUACCACAUAGAGCAUAGCCUGCCCAUCGUGUCUGCUGGCAGUUCACUAACACUGGGCACCGCCGUGGUGAUUGACAUGUCGCAGGAAUGAUUGUGCCGGUUGACGAUGCCCAGUGACUUCCCUACUCCCGUUAUUUGCAGCCACAGUGUGGUCACUGGCAACAUGACUGCUUUUCUGAAGCUCGAUACACAUCCCUGAUCAGUUUAUAUACAUAGAGCCAUUGCUUUUCACUUGAGAUCUUCGCGAUGUUGUACGAGAUAUUGCUAUUUUUCGUGAUGAGUUUUCAUUUCUUUCUGAUGAGCUUCUAAAUUUCUAUAUGUGCGGGGCCUGUGCUUUGCCCGCUAGUACUAGCAGCAGUACUCCAGCACCGGCAUGCCUGCCAAUCUCAGCAGGCAUGUGUGGAUAGUCGUCUUGGUAUUGUAGUGGGUGACUAGAAGGAACUGUGUGCGUGCUCACUGCUGACACGCGGCAUGUUGAUACCGGCCAUGCCGAGGCGGAUACACCUGCUCAAGCCGCUUUGAUAUUACUUCCCGCUCCAGUCCAUGUCCGCUGUCCGCUAGUACUGGGCAAGGAAGCAUGCUAACGUAACCAUUCCAACGUUGAGUGAUCGCUCCGUGCCCGUGCAGCAGUGCACUGUGGUGGAGGUAGUGCUUUUCUAGCUCUUCCAGCCCCUGGCAUGGCUUGACCGUCUGGUUGACAUAUAUGCCGUACUCGAGCCCGGUCACAUGCCGCGUGACGACGGCAUGUCGUGGCCAUCUGGAACACUAUCCGCUGUGCAAUGCUACACUCUGCCGUGGAUCUGUGCAUUAUUUGAGAGGACCUGGAGCUUCCCGCGCGGUCUCUGUUUGUACGUAACCAGCUUAUUAUUUGUUUACUUGUCUAUACUAAAAAUGCUGAGUAUUUAGCUGUGAGUUGAUUUAUACACAAGGCACUGGGUGAGCGCUGGGUGUGUGCUCGCAGUGUUGCAUGCCGAACUUGGCACUUUCCUGUGAGCUGGUCACACCAUUUCGCACACACACGUCCUAGUUUGCCGGCUUGUACGCACAGUAAGGAGAGGUUCGCCAUCAUCACUGGCAUUAUUCCAUAGCUUAUUCUAUUUUGCUCUUGACUUAUUUCUGUUCCGAUUCCGAAACACUUUCCUGGCUAGGGGCGUGA